AUGUCUUCUCAUGCAAGAGAACACAAACGAGUGUACCAGGCUUGUGAGCCUUGCAGGGAGAAAAAGGUGCGUUGUGAGUUGGGAUCGGCCGAUUGUCCGAAUAAACCACCUUGUGCGCGAUGCCGCAGAGAGAGCAAACAAUGUUUUUUUGCCGCAUCAAGGAUAAGAAAGACUGCUUCGACAAAGCGGAGAGCGCAAUCACCUCUUGUUCGAGAGCCCAGAUCGCAGCAUGCAACUGGUGUUCCUGAUUCGGCAGUGUCUCGCGGCAAUCUGGCUCCGGCUGUAGAAGAAGAGAGCCAACCCUUCCCGGAAGAUAGACGUGCUGCAGCUGCUUUGCUCGAGGGUCACCCCCGAACCUAUCAUGACGCAUUGACGUUACUAUCAGAGGCUUGUGAGCACAGUGAGGCCCGAAAGGAGUCAACUGAUGGCUCACCGCCGUCUAGUCAUCCCCAAGGCGCCAGGUCAAAUCUCACUGACCCAGCUCUGGGGAUUCAUGCCGACACUGCCACCAACAAAGGCACCCAUGAGGCUCUUCGCGCUUGGUCCAACGUCCGUUUUGUCCGUGGUGGACUUUUCACAGCAGAGGAAGCGCUAGACAUGGUCGACCAUUUUUACAAAUUCCAGUCAGCCUUCUCGCCCGUUGUACCGGAAUACUUUCGCAGUCACUCCCAUCACGCGACGCUGAUCGAGGAGGAGCCCGUAUUGACUAUCGCCAUAUUGAUGAUUGGAUCACGUUAUCGCAAGUGGACAGGGCCAGCUGCGGUUGCACGUUCCUACAUUGUUCACGAUCGGAUUUGGAGAUAUCUACAGAGAAUGAUUUCCCGAUUGUUUUGGUCAGAGGACCUGUUUGUGGGUGAAUUUGUUUCUCUCAAAGACCCCUUUCCUGGUCCUGGGAGAGGCCCAAGACCGACAUAUAUGGACAGUUGGUCACAUGGGUUCCGCACGUUAGGGACGUGUGAGGCAUUGUUGCUGUUGUUGGAUUGGCAUCCUCGGGCUCUCCACUUUCCGCCCCCAGAUGAGGAUACGUCGUCAAUCGUAAUCCCUGAGCCGAAGCGACCGCGCAAAAGUGCUAGUACCACUGGAUAUUACGGGCCCGGGUCCGGGCAUGACUGGCUCGCUCGAUCAGAUCGCCUAUGCCACUCUAUGCUUUCCACUGUUUUAAUGUUGGCAACCGAGAUGGGCAUUUUCUGCGAGGAUAAUUCAUUUUGGCAAGAUGAAAUUAGAAACGACCAUCUGAAGAUGGCUCGUGACCAAGAGAGGUUCCACCGUAUACGGUGCUUGAUAUGGGUUUAUGCGACGCAACAACCAGGUCGACCAGGUCGAAGAAAUCCGGCACAAUGCACUCCCAUAAAAAGCCCAGGCGUCAGGAAUGAUGAUGCAACGGAAUGUUGGAUGCGCGUCGCAACUAUUAUGAAGAAUGCAAACGACCUUCUCUUUGUGUCACCCAAAUAUACGGGAGAAAUUAUUCGCAGUGGACAAUACCUUCGGAUUAUUCACGGCCUCGAGCCACUUUUAAGCGAAUCAAUUAUCGAGUUUGAUCAUGCCAAGUUGGCGAAGCAAACGCGAUAUAUCCUGAGCAUUGAGUACGAGUAUACACAACUCUGUAUUUUUGGCCUCGCUUUGCAAGCCGUAAUCAGCCGAAAUUCCCGUGAUGACAUAUGUUCCAGACCAGAGAGAUGCUCACAAAGUACUUCACCUGAAGAGGAGAAGUAUCUAAAAGGAAUUGUUCGGGCUUCUCGCACUAUACUGCGAACUGUCCUCGACGAUCUACUUCCUCAUGGAAGUUUAACGUAUAUUCCUGUGCGAUCAUACUCCAGGAUUCUCGGUGCGACUUUGAUUCUUCUCAAGUGCUGCGCGGCGGGAAUUAGCGAGAUCGACGUGCCAAUGUCACUUGAUCUGGUUCGGCGAGUCGCUGUUGGCCUUCGUAACUCUGCAGUCGACGAUACACACUUGAGUACGCGCUGGGGCGAUCUUCUCGAAAACCUCGCUAGUAGACUGCAGUCGCGCUUAGCUCAACCAACCACGCCGAAAGUGUCUUCCAUGAGACCCCCAUCGCUAGCAACUCUGCCAAAAGAUCAAGCAGACGUCUUUCAGGUCCCUCGCAUAACAGACCCGUCAACAAUGCAUUCCUCCCCUCAAGAUAUACAGACUCGAGCUAAUUCCGAACAAAACAAUAAUAUAUUGGAUCUCAACCAGUCAAGUUCGCUCGAUGCUAAAUAUGACACGCAGUUUGAUGCGUACUCAAUGUGGUGGGAUGAUCAAUUUUCUCAGGUCGAUCUCAAUUACAUGCCUUGGUUUCCAACUUUGGGGCUUGUGGGUGGAAGUGGAAGUGAUCCCCUGUUUUCAAACGAUUCCGCCGACGCUAUUUUUGAAAGUGUUGGAUCAACUCAUGGAGCCUUGAUUUAG